UACUUUUCUUUUUCUACAAAGUGUUGCUGACUGUUGAUUUUGCUAGUAAUAUUAUCAGUAAUACUUUCGUCAUGUCUUCGAAAGUUAUAAUAAGUGACAUAUGCGAAUACUACGAUUUGAACGAACGAUUGUUACUGCAACUAGGUUUAUGGCCCUAUCAAGAAAAAUUUGAUAAGUUCCUUCGAACGUUUAUCGUCAAUGUAUCUUUGCUCGUGGCCUUUUUAGUUGAGUUUUAUCGAUUCUACAUCUCCGACUUUGAUAUAAAAUCGAUCGAAGAAUUUCAGAUAUUUAUAACCCUUCUGAGUGGCUCGUAUUGUUAUUAUAACGCCAUAUUUCAAUUCGAAUUGAUGAAGAAACUUCUUGAUCAUAUUAUAUUCGAUUAUAAUCACAUAUCGAACAAGCAAGAAAUAAUUAUUAUGCGGAAAUAUGCAAAAGAAAACAAACAAUUCGUUGUAAUGAUUUUAUUGAGUUUUUAUUUGUACAUAAUUAUCUUAACGUUUCCGUCUGCAUCACACGUCGUUUUAUAUAUCACCGGUGUUACCAAUGAUACUCAAUUGACCUUACCAAUUGCUAUUGAUACUAUUUUAUUCGAUAAAAGGUUCUUUUAUCUAAUAUUUUUCAUUCAAUUAUUUAUAUUAUGGAUCGUAACUACAGUGGCAAUCGUAAAUUUUACGACAUUCUUGUUGUUAUUAUCACAUGCAUGCGCCUUAUUAAGUAUCGUAAUAUUUAAGAUUGAUCAACCGUUGAAAAAAAAUUCACACGAACUUUCGUGCAAAUGGUCUUCUAUAGCAACGUGCGAUGCAUACAAUUGGAUUAAAGAUAUAGUGACACAUCAUGUAAAUGUUACGGAGUAUGUACCUUAG